UGAGCAGUUGAUAGUGCCACCUGGGCAAGGAGGGCAUUCUGGACUGAACUGAACGGAAAAGAAGGAGGAAAUAUCAACAGGUCCUUGGUCUGUCUUGGGAAUGUCAUCUCUGCCCUGGCGGAGCAGUCAAGUCACCCCAGCACUCAGCGACAUAUUCCUUAUCGUGACUCCGUGCUCACGUGGCUGUUGAAGGAUAGUCUUGGUGGAAACUCCAAGACUAUUAUGAUUGCUACUGUUUCCCCUGCCAUGUGCAACUAUGGAGAGACUCUCAGUACUCUGCGAUAUGCCAGCAGAGCUAAGAACAUUGUCAACAAACCAGUAGUCAAUGAGGUCAGACCUAGUGUGGAGUUCUGCUGCACUCUACUCAUACUAUGCAUGCAGGACCUUAAUGUUAGAUUGAUCCGUGACUUGAGAGCCGAAAUAAAGAGACUGAAGAUGAUAAUCACAGAUGGAAACUUUGAUGUGAGCCAGCCGGGCAGCUCUAAGACAGUCACUGAACUGUUUUCUGAAGAUAUUCAAAGAAAAGAGAAUCAGAUAGCACAGCUUACCAAGACCUGGGCAGGCAAGUGGGAAGGCUAUCAAAACAUCAUAGAGGACUCAAACUUGGCACUGCACAGCGAGGGUAUCAAGAUGACGGUUGCUUCUGAGCUGCCACAUUUCCUAGCAGUAGAUGAUGAUGCUCUUGGAACCGGAGUGGUCAUUUACCGCCUGCAGGAUGAGCAUACAAGUAUAGGAGCUGCUGGAAGCAGUCCUAGACCUGAUAUUGAACUGAAUGGACUAGACAUUGAGAGCCACCACUGUAUUGUGGAGCAUGUCAGUGGGAAGGUGUAUCUGACUCCCCAUGACGGCACUACCUCUGUCAACACAGACCUUGUCACUAGCAAGAUCAAACUCACACACGGUGAUAUUGUUCAAUUUGGCUCUUCUACUGUGUUUCGCUUCAACCAUCCUCAAGAGGCUGCAGAGAUGAAAGAAAGAGAUGAGACCCGUGCAAGAGGACGACUGCUAGAACUCUCACCAGUUUCACCGAGAGACAUGCUGGAGGAGCAGCGUCUGGCAAUUGAGAGGCACUACGAAGAAAAGCUAGAGUCAAUGCGCAGAGAAAUGGAAAGCAGAAACCAACACGAAAAAGAACGACUUAUGCAAGAACUUGAGAAGCUCAAAAUCAGCUCAUCAGUAGAGAUCCCUAGUGUACAGGUUGGGGAUGAGGGGGCACCGCUGGGA